CCCCGGCGGCCCCCGCCCCCGGAGCGGUUGGGAUUUGAAUUUCCGGCGGGUUGCGGCCGGAAGCGUGGACUUCUCAGCCGGCAUGGCGAGCUCGGUCCCCCGCGCUCGGUGCCCGGUGCAAGAGCAGCGUGCCCGUUGGGAGCGGAAACGCACCCGCACUGCGCGGGAGCUGCUGGAGACCGAGCGGCGCUACCAGGAGCAGCUGGGGCUGGUGGCCGUGACUAUGUUCGGGUAUUCUCUCCUUCCGCAGUACUUCGUGGGGAUUCUGAGAGCCAAGGGCACCCUGCGACCACCAGAGCACCAGGCCCUGUUUGGGCCCUGGGAGCUCAUUUACGGCGCCAGCCAAGAGCUGCUUCCCUACCUGGAAGGAGGGCACUGGGGACAGGGCCUGGAGGGCUUCUGCCCCCACCUGGAGCUCUACACUCGAUACGCUGCUAACGCAGAGAGGUCCCGGACCACCCUGCAGGAGCAACUAAAGAAAAACAAACGUUUCCGGACGUUCCUUCAGCUUCAGGAAGGCCGCCCUGAGUUUGGAGGCCUUCAGCUCCAGGACCUGCUUCCUCUGCCUCUGCAGAGGCUCCAGCAGUAUAAGAAUCUUGUCGUUGCUUUGGCUGAAAACACAGGUCCCAACAGCCCUGACCACCAACAGCUCACACGGGCUGCCUGGCUCAUAAGUGAGACCGCCCAGAGACUUCACACCAUUGGUCAGAAACAGAAGAAUGACCAGCACCUCCGGCGUGUCCAGGCUCUGCUCAGUGGAUACCAGGCAAAGGGGCUUACCUCAGGUCGCUGGUUCCUACACCAGGGCUGGCUAUUGGUGGUGCCUCCCCGUGGGGAACCUCGUUCCCGAAUGUUCUUCCUCUUCUCUGAUGUGCUCCUCAUGGCCAAGCCUCGACCCCCAUUGCACCUGCUGCAGAGUGGCACCUUUGCCUGCCAGGCCCUCUACCCCAUGGCCCAAUGUGAACUGCACAGGGUCUUUGGCCACUCAGGAGGCCCUUGUGGUGGACUUCUCAGUACUGGCCCUGAGCUAACAUCCGUGCCCAUCUUCCUCCAUUUUAUGUGGGACGCCACAACAUGGCCUGACAAGCAGUGCGUUGAUGCACACCCAGGAUCCGAACAUGGGCCACCAGCAGCAGAGCGCGUGCACUUAACCGCUGUGCCACGGGGCCAGCCCCUAUCUCCUUGGCUUGGACCCCUUUCACAGGAACUGAGCCAUCUACACAGAGAGGAUAACUGGGGCUUGGGGUUCAUAUCUAGUUCUCACCUCAGCCUGAAUUACCUCCAUGGGAACAGCAAGGCCUUCAGCUUUAGCCUGGACCUUUCUGAGCCAUGCACUAAGAGGUGGUCUCUCCCUAGCUGUCCUUUCCCCAUGAGAAGCUACUGCUUAUGUCCACAGACCAGGAGGAGCUGUUGCGCUGGUACCACAGUCUGACUUUGGCCAUCAGCAGUCAGAAGAACUAGAAGAAUCUUAGAAAUUCCAGAAUCCAGAAUACUUCAGGGAUAGGUCAGGAUCAGGAGUACAAAGGAAUCUCCUUCAGUACUAAACAAAACACAGAACUCUUCAUGGUUUGAGAGGGGUCACUUUGUGUUUGCCUGGGAACAAGCCGCAGCGGGUCAUGUGACCAGAUCUUAAGAAUGAUGAAACCAAGUCAGACCCAAGUGAAACUGCUGAACCAGCCCCUCCAACACAGAUGAGGGGAUUUGGAACUGAUAAGUUCAGCACUAUGUCUAUGGUCAGUUGUUUAUCAAGGUUGUGGCUUUGUAAAUGUGGCUAUUUUUAUGUUGCAUGUGGUUUCUGUAAUUUAUUUUCCUACUGGAUUUUAGUAAAGUUUUUGGAAAGGGCUUUCUGUCUCAGCUAUGUGAUAUGAGAAAAGGGAUUUUUGUGCCCUGAAGGCUGGCAUGAUGGUGGCCUCAGGAAUACAAGGAAGAGCACUGGAGCUCCCUCUAUCUUCCUGGCUCUUGCACUGGAAGGCGGCCUCUUUGUGUCCUAAUAAGGGAAGCUCUUCAAGAAGGCCCAGUUCUUAG